UCUCCGAGGAGUCUGGGCAGGAGCUAGCGGUCGGACCCAGCGAGUCACAGCUCACUUCCGGGACUCAGCGUGCCAUCGCCUUCUCGGCUUCCUGUACGCUCCUCCCUCAACUGUCUCGGCGGGUUGAUUCAGGACUAACCGCCCGACCCAGUGGCCUGUGCGUGUACCCAAGGGGAGACGCUCGCCCCCGUGGUCGCCUGGGGGGGCGCUGGAGGAGGGGGUGACGUAUCUGGGGACUCGAGGUUCGCCGUGGGCAUGAUCCACGAACUGCUCUUGGCUCUGAGUGGGUACCCAGGAUCCAUUUUCACCUGGAACAAGCGGAGUGGCCUGCAGGUGUCACAGGACUUCCCAUUUCUCCACCCCAGUGAGACCAGCGUCCUGAAUCGACUCUGCCGGCUUGGCACAGACUACAUUCGCUUUACUGAGUUCAUUGAACAGUACACUGGCCAUGUGCAGCAACAGGAUCACCAUCCAUCUCAGCAGGGUCAAGGUGGGUUACAUGGAAUCUACCUGAGGGCCUUCUGCACAGGGCUGGAUUCAGUUUUACAGCCUUAUCGCCAAGCACUGCUUGACUUGGAACAAGAGUUCCUGGCUGACCCCCAUCUCUCCAUAUCACAUGUCAAUUACUCCUUAGAUCAGUUCCAGCUCCUUUUCCCCUCUGUGAUGGUUGUAGUUGAACAAAUUAAAAGUCAAAAGAUUCAUGGUUGUCAAAUCCUGGAAAUGGUCUAUAAACAUAGCUGUGGGGGGUUGCCUCCUGUUCGAAGUGCACUGGAAAAAAUCCUGGCUGUUUGUCAUGGGGUCAUGUAUAAACAGCUCUCAGCCUGGAUGCUACAUGGACUCCUCUUAGACCAGCAUGAAGAGUUCUUUAUCAAACAGGGUCCAUCUUCUGGCAAUGUCAGUGCCCAGCCAGAAGAGGAUGAGGAGGAUCUGGGCAUUGGGGGACUGACAGGAAAACAACUGAGAGAACUCCAGGACUUGGUGAGCGCACAGCAAGCAGCCUAGCAUUCUCCCACCAGGAGUCUGAAAAAUCUACAGUUACAUGAUUUUUGGUGAUCACUUCUCAGCUUAUAAUAGCCUGUGCACCUUCCAUAAAUUCUUGAGAUAUAAA